UGGGCAUGCGCGCACACUGGCUGAGUUCCGGUACAGCUCUCGCUGUACAGUUCUACAUCCGGGUCAUCACCGCUGGGAUCGUGUGCGGUGCGUUGCCGCUAUCCUGCUAGUGCUGUGAGCGGCGGCUGGCUGCGGAGACGGUGAGGCGGAGAGCCGGCUUGAAACACCAUGGCUGGUAUGUUUCCCUACAGACCUGGGCUUCCCCCGAUGCCUGGACCCCCAGGUGUAGCACCUGAUUACAUGUCUGAAGAUAAGUUGCAGGAGAAAGCUAGAAAAUGGCAGCAGCUCCAGGCCAAACGUUAUGCAGAGAAAAGGAAGUUUGGAUUUGUGGAUGCUCAGAAAGAGGACAUGCCUCCAGAGCAUGUGCGCAAAAUCAUCCGUGACCAUGGUGACAUGACCAACAGAAAAUUCCGGCAUGAUAAGCGAGUUUAUCUUGGAGCUUUGAAGUAUAUGCCUCAUGCUGUGCUGAAAUUACUGGAGAAUAUGCCCAUGCCUUGGGAGCAGAUCCGCGAUGUGCCAGUGUUGUAUCACAUUACAGGAGCCAUCUCUUUUGUCAGCGAGAUCCCUUGGGUUAUUGAGCCUGUCUACAUAGCACAGUGGGGGUCCAUGUGGAUCAUGAUGAGACGAGAAAAGAGAGACAGGCGACAUUUCAAGAGGAUGAGGUUCCCUCCUUUUGAUGAUGAAGAACCUCCUCUGGAUUAUGCAGAUAACAUCCUUGAUGUGGAGCCGCUGGAAGCCAUCCAACUGGAAUUGGACAAUGAGGAAGAUGCUCCAGUUAUGGACUGGUUCUAUGACCACCAGCCACUAAGAGACAACAGAAAAUAUGUAAAUGGAACAACAUACCAGCGUUGGCAAUUUACACUUCCAAUGAUGUCUACACUGUACCGAUUGGCCAAUCAGCUGCUCACAGAUCUAGUAGAUGACAACUACUUCUAUCUAUUUGACUUAAAGGCCUUUUUCACCUCUAAGGCUUUAAACAUGGCAAUUCCUGGUGGGCCAAAAUUUGAGCCUUUGGUUCGAGACAUUAACUUACAGGAUGAGGACUGGAAUGAAUUUAAUGAUAUCAACAAAAUCAUUAUCCGCCAGCCAAUUCGCACAGAGUACAAGAUUGCAUUCCCUUAUCUGUACAACAACCUUCCCCAUCACGUACACCUGACAUGGUACCACACACCAAAUGUAGUGUUCAUUAAAACAGAGGAUCCUGACCUGCCAGCUUUCUAUUUUGAUCCUCUGAUCAAUCCCAUAUCACACAGACACUCUGUAAAGAGUCAAGAGCCUUUACCAGAGGAUGAUGAAGAGUUUGAGUUGCCAGAAUAUGUUGAGCCCUUCCUUAAAGAAACUCCUCUGUAUACCGAUAACACAGCCAACGGCAUUGCCUUGCUUUGGGCUCCUCGUCCUUUCAAUUUGAGGUCUGGCCGAACCAGGAGAGCUGUUGACAUACCUCUGGUGAAGAAUUGGUAUCGGGAGCACUGUCCUGCAGGCCAGCCAGUUAAAGUGCGUGUGUCCUACCAAAAACUUCUGAAAUAUUAUGUGCUCAAUGCUCUUAAACACAGACCACCCAAAGCUCAGAAGAAGAGAUAUCUCUUCCGUUCAUUUAAAGCUACAAAGUUCUUCCAGUCCACAAAGCUGGACUGGGUAGAGGUCGGCCUGCAGGUUUGCCGUCAGGGUUACAACAUGUUGAACUUGCUGAUCCACAGAAAGAACCUUAACUAUCUUCAUUUGGACUACAAUUUUAAUCUCAAACCAGUCAAAACACUGACCACAAAGGAACGUAAGAAGUCUCGGUUCGGCAAUGCCUUUCACUUGUGCCGAGAAGUGUUACGUCUGACCAAACUGGUGGUUGACAGCCACGUGCAGUACAGACUUGGUAAUGUGGAUGCUUUUCAGUUGUCUGAUGGGCUACAGUACAUCUUUGCUCAUGUUGGCCAGCUGACUGGAAUGUACAGGUACAAGUACAAACUCAUGAGACAGAUCCGAAUGUGCAAAGACUUGAAACAUCUGAUUUACUACAGGUUCAACACAGGCCCAGUGGGGAAAGGGCCAGGCUGUGGCUUUUGGGCAGCAGGCUGGAGAGUUUGGCUAUUCUUUAUGCGUGGCAUCACCCCUUUGCUGGAGAGAUGGCUAGGAAAUCUGCUGGCCAGGCAGUUUGAAGGUCGUCAUUCCAAAGGGGUAGCCAAAACUGUGACAAAGCAGAGGGUAGAGUCUCACUUCGAUCUGGAGCUCAGGGCAGCGGUCAUGCAUGACAUUUUGGAUAUGAUGCCAGAAGGCAUCAAGCAGAACAAAGCCAGAACCAUUCUGCAACACUUGAGUGAAGCCUGGAGAUGCUGGAAGGCGAACAUUCCAUGGAAAGUGCCAGGUCUCCCCACACCUAUUGAGAACAUGAUUCUGCGUUACGUAAAGGCGAAAGCUGACUGGUGGACGAACACUGCCCAUUACAACAGAGAACGUAUUCGCCGUGGUGCAACUGUGGACAAAACGGUGUGCAAAAAAAAUCUGGGCCGACUGACCAGACUGUACCUGAAAGCUGAGCAAGAGAGACAACACAACUAUCUGAAGGAUGGGCCGUACAUCACUGCUGAAGAGGCUGUAGCUGUGUACACCACCACUGUCCACUGGCUGGAGAGCAGAAGGUUCUCCCCUAUUCCAUUCCCUCCUCUCUCAUACAAGCACGAUACUAAACUACUCAUCUUGGCCCUGGAGAGAUUGAAGGAGGCAUACAGUGUAAAGUCUCGCCUAAAUCAGUCCCAGAGAGAGGAAUUGGGAUUAAUUGAACAAGCAUACGACAAUCCUCACGAAGCCUUGUCCAGGAUCAAGCGUCACUUACUUACUCAGAGAGCCUUUAAGGAGGUGGGAAUUGAGUUCAUGGAUCUCUACAGUCACCUGGUCCCUGUUUAUGAUGUGGAGCCCCUGGAGAAAAUUACUGAUGCUUACCUUGACCAAUACCUGUGGUAUGAGGCGGACAAGAGGCGUCUCUUCCCUCCUUGGAUCAAACCUGCAGAUACUGAGCCACCUCCACUGCUAGUGUACAAGUGGUGCCAAGGCAUUAACAACCUGCAGGAUGUGUGGGACACCACUGAGGGCGAAUGCAAUGUGAUGCUGGAGUCACGCUUUGAGAAGAUGUACGAAAAGAUUGACUUGACUCUGUUGAAUCGUCUGUUACGUCUCAUUGUUGAUCACAACAUUGCUGAUUAUAUGACUGCAAAAAACAACGUGGUGAUCAAUUACAAAGACAUGAAUCACACAAACUCGUAUGGCAUAAUCCGUGGCUUGCAGUUUGCCUCUUUCAUUGUUCAGUACUACGGGCUGGUGAUGGACCUGUUAGUCCUGGGGUUGCACAGAGCCAGCGAGAUGGCCGGUCCACCGCAGAUGCCAAAUGAUUUCUUGAGUUUCCAGGAUGUGGCCACAGAAGCCACUCACCCCAUUCGCCUCUAUUGCAGAUAUAUUGAUCGCAUUCAUAUAUUUUUUCGAUUUUCAGCGGAUGAGGCUCGAGAUCUUAUUCAGAGAUACCUUACAGAGCACCCAGACCCCAAUAAUGAGAAUAUUGUGGGCUACAACAACAAAAAGUGCUGGCCAAGAGAUGCCAGGAUGCGACUCAUGAAGCAUGAUGUCAAUCUUGGCCGUGCUGUGUUUUGGGACAUUAAAAAUCGCCUGCCUCGUUCUGUCACAACGGUGCAGUGGGAAAACAGCUUUGUGUCUGUGUACAGCAAAGAUAAUCCCAAUUUGCUAUUCAAUAUGUGUGGAUUUGAAUGCCGUAUUCUUCCCAAGUGUCGUACAAGCUAUGAAGAAUUCACUCACAAGGAUGGUGUCUGGAACCUGCAAAAUGAGGUGACUAAAGAACGUACAGCUCAGUGUUUCCUGCGAGUGGACGAUGAGUCCAUGCAGAGAUUCCACAACAGAGUUCGUCAGAUUCUCAUGGCUUCAGGGUCCACUACAUUUACCAAGAUUGUGAAUAAGUGGAACACUGCAUUGAUUGGCCUUAUGACCUAUUUCCGUGAAGCUGUGGUCAAUACGCAGGAGCUACUUGAUCUAUUAGUGAAAUGUGAGAACAAAAUCCAAACCAGAAUAAAGAUUGGACUGAACUCUAAAAUGCCAAGUCGUUUCCCACCGGUGGUCUUCUACACACCCAAAGAACUUGGAGGUCUAGGCAUGUUAUCUAUGGGACACGUACUUAUCCCACAGUCUGACCUCAGAUGGUCUAAGCAGACAGACGUUGGGAUCACCCAUUUCCGGUCUGGUAUGAGCCACGAGGAGGAUCAGCUGAUUCCUAACUUGUAUCGCUACAUCCAGCCCUGGGAGAGCGAGUUUAUUGACUCGCAGAGAGUGUGGGCUGAAUAUGCUCUGAAAAGACAAGAGGCCAUUGCUCAGAACAGGCGUCUUACUCUGGAGGACUUGGAGGAUUCAUGGGAUAGAGGUAUUCCACGCAUAAACACGCUCUUCCAGAAGGACCGGCACACCCUGGCUUACGACAAGGGUUGGAGAGUUCGUACCGAUUUCAAGCAGUACCAGGUACUGAAACAGAACCCAUUCUGGUGGACACAUCAGCGUCACGAUGGGAAGCUCUGGAAUCUGAAUAAUUACCGGACAGACAUGAUCCAGGCACUUGGAGGCGUGGAAGGCAUUCUGGAGCACACACUAUUCAAAGGCACUUACUUCCCCACUUGGGAGGGUCUUUUCUGGGAAAAAGCCAGCGGCUUUGAAGAAUCUAUGAAGUGGAAGAAAUUGACCAAUGCUCAGAGGUCUGGUCUGAACCAGAUCCCCAACAGAAGAUUCACUCUCUGGUGGUCUCCCACAAUCAACAGAGCUAAUGUAUAUGUUGGAUUCCAGGUGCAAUUGGAUUUGACUGGCAUUUUCAUGCAUGGCAAAAUUCCCACAUUAAAGAUCUCUUUGAUUCAGAUCUUCAGGGCCCACUUGUGGCAGAAGAUCCAUGAGAGCAUUGUCAUGGACCUGUGUCAGGUGUUUGACCAAGAGCUCGAUGCUCUGGAAAUUGAGACUGUUCAGAAGGAGACCAUCCACCCUAGGAAGUCUUAUAAGAUGAACUCAUCUUGUGCUGAUAUCUUGCUUUUUGCUUCCUACAAGUGGAACGUGUCCCGCCCAUCUCUGCUUGCUGACUCCAAGGAUGUAAUGGAUAGCACUACCACACAGAAGUACUGGAUUGAUAUCCAGUUGAGAUGGGGAGAUUAUGAUUCCCAUGACAUUGAGCGAUAUGCUCGUGCAAAGUUCCUGGACUACACUACUGAUAACAUGAGUAUAUACCCAUCGCCCACCGGUGUGCUGAUUGCCAUAGACUUGGCCUAUAACCUUCACAGUGCCUAUGGCAAUUGGUUCCCUGGAGGCAAGCCCCUGAUACAGCAAGCAAUGGCCAAGAUAAUGAAAGCAAACCCUGCCCUCUAUGUGCUGCGUGAGCGCAUCCGUAAGGGUUUGCAGCUGUAUUCCUCUGAGCCCACUGAGCCUUACUUGUCCUCCCAGAACUAUGGCGAGCUCUUCUCCAAUCAGAUCAUCUGGUUUGUGGAUGACACAAAUGUCUACAGAGUGACCAUCCACAAGACUUUUGAAGGUAACUUGACAACCAAGCCCAUCAAUGGAGCCAUUUUCAUAUUUAACCCCAGGACUGGACAGCUUUUCCUGAAAAUUAUCCACACUUCUGUGUGGGCAGGACAGAAGCGAUUGGGUCAGCUGGCGAAGUGGAAAACUGCAGAAGAAGUUGCUGCUUUGAUCCGUUCUUUGCCAGUAGAGGAGCAGCCGAAGCAAAUCAUUGUUACCAGGAAGGGCAUGUUGGAUCCUCUGGAAGUACACUUGUUGGACUUCCCUAACAUCGUAAUCAAGGGAUCUGAACUGCAGCUGCCUUUCCAGGCCUGUCUGAAGGUGGAAAAGUUUGGAGAUCUGAUCUUAAAGGCCACUGAGCCACAGAUGGUUCUCUUCAAUCUCUAUGAUGACUGGCUGAAGACCAUUUCUUCAUACACUGCAUUCUCUCGACUGAUCUUGAUUCUGCGAGCACUGCAUGUCAACAAUGAUCGCGCAAAGGUGAUCCUAAAGCCAGACAAGACGACAAUCACCGAGCCUCACCAUAUCUGGCCCACACUAACAGAUGAGGAAUGGAUUAAGGUGGAAGUUCAGCUGAAGGAUCUGAUUUUGGCAGACUAUGGAAAGAAGAACAAUGUAAAUGUGGCUUCCCUAACACAGUCUGAGAUCAGAGAUAUCAUCUUGGGUAUGGAAAUCUCUGCCCCAUCUCAGCAGAGACAGCAGAUCGCAGAAAUUGAGAAGCAGACAAAGGAACAGUCUCAGCUUACUGCUACUCAGACACGUACAGUCAACAAGCAUGGGGAUGAGAUAAUCACUUCCACCACCAGUAACUAUGAGACGCAGACCUUCUCCUCCAAGACAGAGUGGCGAGUCAGAGCGAUAUCUGCUGCUAAUCUUCACCUGCGAACCAACCACAUCUAUGUGUCCUCCGAUGAUAUCAAGGAAACUGGUUAUACCUACAUCUUGCCCAAGAAUGUGUUAAAGAAAUUUAUCUGCAUCUCGGACUUGCGAGCUCAGAUUGCUGGCUAUCUGUAUGGAGUGAGUCCGCCUGAUAACCCUCAGGUGAAGGAAAUUCGCUGCAUUGUGAUGGUGCCACAGUGGGGAACUCAUCAGACUGUUCACUUGCCAAGCCAGUUGCCACAGCAUGAGUACCUGAAGGAAAUGGAGCCUUUAGGAUGGGUUCACACUCAGCCGAACGAGUCUCCACAGCUGUCUCCCCAAGAUGUUUCCACUCACGCUAAGGUCAUGGCUGAUAAUCCGGCCUGGGAUGGGGAGAAAACAAUCAUUAUAACUUGCAGUUUCACCCCCGGGUCCUGCACACUUACUGCUUAUAAACUGACACCCAGCGGUUAUGAGUGGGGGAGGCAGAACACCGAUAAAGGAAACAACCCCAAAGGCUACCUGCCAUCUCACUACGAGAGAGUCCAGAUGCUGCUGUCUGAUCGGUUCCUUGGCUUUUUCAUGGUGCCAGCACAGGGAUCUUGGAACUACAACUUUAUGGGUGUUAGACAUGAUCCCAACAUGAAGUAUGAAUUACAGCUGGCUAACCCCAAAGAGUUCUACCAUGAAGUUCACCGCCCCUCGCACUUUUUGAACUUCGCCUUGCUGCAGGAGGGCGAAGUGUACUCAGCUGACCGAGAAGACCUGUAUCAAUAGUCCGCACAUCAGAGUAUUGGAGGACUUGAUCACUGUUGAUAUUCAACAUGGGACUUUUUUAAACGCAUGCUCAGAAUUGUACAUCUGUUUUCUCCUUUUUACAGCUUUGUUUUGCUUCUAUUAGUAACUUUGUAAUUUUUUGUUUGUUUCAACUGUAGAAACUGUACGGACCUCGUUCUUGUUGAUAUCUUUGUGCAAUGUAGUUAAAUGAUUUAAUAAAACUUUUUUUUUUUUUUAUAAAUAUUGAUUGUUUGGGAAAGAGGUUUUAUUGGGAUCUGUCCGGAUGUAUUGCCAUUAGUAGUCUGGUAAGACACUGACUUGUGAGGGCUAAGCUUCUCUUGUGCAAUCACAAAUAAGGAAGCUCUUAAUGGUAAUUUUAAUAUUGACCAUUGAUAUAACAGAUAUGGGGAGUGUUUUGCUCAUUUCUUUAUCAAGCUGCAAUAAAGUAAACAUUGUGGACA